UCACCGCUGACAUUGUCAAAAAUGUCGCUUCAAAAAUCAAAAAUUGUGAAUUUUAUUUGUUACGGUUAUUAAUAUCGACGAAUUAUUUAAUAUAUUUAUGCUUAAUGGUCCACAACAAUUAUUUCGGAAAUGUAUUGUGAUUAUUUGGACACUUUUAAGGAAUGAAUAAAACUGAUAGGAGAGACUUCGAGGAGAGAUAUUCAGCCUGCUUCAUUGAUUUCGGAGUGAAGACCGUGGCGGGACUACUAAUAGGCAGUAUGAUGGGCAGUUUUUUCCUCCUUGGCAAAAGAUGGCCGACAUAUAUCGGUGGCGGCGUGGGACUCGGCAUGGCAUACUCAAACUGCGAAAACAGUCUGAACAAUUACUUGAUGUCAAUGGACCCCAAACUUUGCGUUUUGAAGAAGGGUCCAUGAUGCAGUACAAAAUAACGUUUUUGUAAACUUUAAGUCUUGUAAAAAAUGUAAUGUUGUUACUUGAAAAUAAAAGUUAAAUAAACUUUUGUAAUAAUUUUA